UUUAUAAUAAAUACAAAUUAUAAAGAUGACAAUAAGUACUAUCUUAAUGCUUCUCAUGAUGAUGACCAAACGGAUGUUUUUUAUAAAAUAAAUUGUGAUGAUUGUGAUGAUUGUGAUGAUUGUGAUGAUUGUGAUGAUUGUGAUAAUUAUGAUAAUUGUAAUAACUUUGGAUCAUAUAAUUUUUUUCAUUUUUCCUUAAAAAAUAAAAAGAAUCAUAACAAAAGAUAUGUAAUAAAAUACAACAACAAAGAAGAAAAGAAAACGACUUACAUACAAAUAUUUCUAAUCCAAAAAAAAAAAAAAUUAUUCAUUUAUAUUUCAAAUAUUGUAGAUAAUCUCAUACAAGUAAAAGGAAAGAUAAACAUGAACACUCUUCAUAAACAAAAUCAACAUAUUAUAAAAAGAGAAGAAGAUAUAACAACAUAUUAUAAAAUGGAUCAUAUAUAUAAAGAUAAUAUAUUAUCUCCCAAAAAAAAAAUUUUAUGUAAUGAAUAUUAUAUAGGACAAAAUAUAGGAUAUAACAAAUUUAUUGAAAUAAUAAAAAGAUAUAAAGGAAAAAAAAAAAUUACAUUUAUAGGAAGAAAUAAGGGUUAUAUAUAUUUAAAUAAUAUAUAUAGAAAUAUUAUUAAUAAUUAUGAAUAUUAUAAACAUAAACGUAAAAAUCUUUUUAAAUUUUUUAAAAAACACUGUUUUAUUAAACAAGGUAUGACAUAUAUGGCUUGGAAAAUAUUGACAUAUAUUCAUAAGAAAUGUAUAAAAAUUCAAUUCAACAUAAAAGAUGAUACAAUAAAAAAAAAAAAAAAAAAAAAAAAAUAUAUAUUUAUUCACAAUAAUAAUAAAAAUAAAAAUAAAAAUAAAAAUUAUUAUUAUUAUUAUUAUUAUUAUUAUUAUAAUAUGUUGAAAUAUCCUUGUGGUUAUCAUACACGUAGCAGAAAUAUUCACUUAUAUGAAAAAAAUAAUAAAAAUAUAUUUUAUAUUAUAAAUCAUAAGCAAGAAAAAAAUAAUAAAGAAACUGAUCCCAUAGAAGAAUAUAAUUAUUAUAUAGAUCUAAAAAAGGAUAUAAAAUUACAUUUUUUCACAUCUAUAAUAAUACAAGAUAAUUAUAUUAAUCGAAACAAAUAUGAAUCAAGACAUUCUAAUGAUUUUGAUAGUUAUUCUUAUAUAAAUAAUUAUCAACAUAAAAAUGAAAAUUAUCUAAACAAUUAUUCAUCACAUAGGAAUAUUUCUUAUGAAUAUGGUUAUAAUAAUAUAAACACAAUGGAUGAUAAUAUGACAUCUUUAAAAAAAAAGGUUAAUAUAAAUGAAUAUGAUAAAUAUAUAAAUAAUGUUAUAAAUUACAAACCAAAAGAUAACAAAAUAGAUGUAAAUAAAAAAAUAAAUGUUGAGAUACAAAAUAAUAUAUCAUCAAUUUUAUAUAAUCAAAGAGAUAAUGAAAAAACAAAAAUAAAAAGAAAAAUAAAAAGAAAAAAUGAUAGGCAACAGAAUACAUAUAUAAUAUAUGAAAAAAAAAAAAAAAAUGCACACAUAUUUACAUUAAUAUUAAAUAACAUAAAUUUAGCUAUAAAUAAAAAAUAUACUUAUAACGAAUCGUAUCAUAUUUUUCUCUACAUUAAAGAUAUUCUCUUAUUAUAUAUGUUAUCACCAGAAAUAAAUAAAAUAUUUUUUAAAAAGAAUAUAAAUCAAAAUAAAAAUGAAUAUCAUACAAAUGACUUGAAUGUAGAUAAGAAAAAAAAAAACCUAAA